AUGUCAUUCCCGCACUCUCGGCCCAUCAAACGACUGCUGGUCGCGAAUAGGGGUGAAAUUGCUGUUCGCAUACUCAAUGCUGCACGGGAGCUUCUGGAUCCCGUAGAGACAGUUGCUAUCUACACAUCAGACGACCGUUCGCAUUGUGAUCUGGGGCAUCCAGAUCGAGCAGUACAAAUACCAACCCCUGCUUCCUAUCUGGACAUAUCAUGUCUGGUAGAUAUCGCACGGAAAUACUCCAUCGAUUCAGUACAUCCAGGAUAUGGAUUCCUCAGCGAGAGCGCGGAAUUCGCGCAACGCAUGUGGGACGAAGCGGGCGCUAUCGUCAUAGGACCAGGCCCGGAGAAUCUUGCUCGUACAGGAGACAAGCUUCAGGCCAAGCAGCUAGCACGUCAAUGUGCAGUUCCCAUACUGGAGGCUAUGAGCCAGCCAACCGGUGACGUCGGCGAGGCGCGGGCCUUUGCUAGACGAGUUGGCUUUCCGGUUAUGAUUAAAGCCGUCGAUGGAGGAGGUGGUCGGGGUAUUCGCCUUGUGCAUGAGGAAUCUGAACUCGAUAAUGGUAUUCAGCGGGCUAUUGGCGAGUCCCCGUCCCGCACGGUGUUUGUUGAAAAGGCUGCUGUGGAUGGAUUUCACCAUGUUGAAAUCCAGGUUAUAGGUGAUGGGACUGGUCAAGUGCGUCACUUGUGGGAGAGAGACUGCAGUGUGCAGAGACGAUUCCAGAAAGUCGUGGAGUGUGCUCCUGCGCUGAUGCGCGAUCGAGGCCUGGUUUCUCAGGUGAUUGACUGCGCAUUGAAGAUGGCGAGCAACAUUCGCUAUCUGUCUCUGGGAACAUUUGAGUUCCUGGUCAGUGAGCAAAAGGGAGAAUUCUAUUUCCUGGAAAUCAACCCGCGACUUCAAGUGGAGCAUACGAUCACAGAGUCUAUCAGUGGCAUAGAUCUAGUGCAGACCCAACUUCUGCUGGCCCAUGGGAAGACAUUCAAUGAGCUUGGUCUUGGCCCAGAUGUCGACUCAAGCGCCCCGCCGCCGGCAAAUUCCUUCUCCAUACAGCUCCGGUUGUGUGCUGAAGAUCCAGGAAACAACUUUGCACUCAGUAUUGGCAAGAUUACCGAGUUCAAUGUCCCCAGUGGGCAGGGAAUUCGAGUCGACACGCAUGUCUCCAGUACCUCGUCAUUGGUUGUUGGCUCCAACUUUGAUAAUCUACUAGCUAAAAUUAUCAUCACAGGAUCAAGUUGGGGUGCAACCGUUAGAAAGGCCCAGAGAGUACUUACUGACACUAAAAUAUCUGGUGUCAAGACUAACAUCAGCCUUCUCCGAGGCAUUAUGGCGCAUGCCGAUUUCAUGGCUGGCGAUACUGAUACCCAGUGGCUGGGGACCAAGCUGAAAGAAAUUUGUCAGUUGGGCGAAGAUAUCUCACGAUCACUUCGCGAUCAACAAGGGCCUGCUAGCUCUUCCCAGCAAUCACUGGCACAAGGCGGACUACCAUCUUCGAAUUUGCUGUUCCGCAAGGGAGAUGCAUGGUCGAUCCGUUUGGAGCCACUUCACAACGACACCUCACAAACAUCAGCCAGCGUUGCACACCACAUGAAACUAUCUCGAGUACUCCGCAAUGACUUUCCCACGUCACUCGCAGCUGAGAUUGAAUACACAACGCCAGAAUCCAAGACAGCGAUUCCUUACCGAAUGCAGCUGGAUGCCACUACCACCGCUGCUUCGGCAUUAGUCUCUUCCUCCCACCGACGUGGAGAUCCGAGUAAUCCGCGCCAUAUAAUUCUGCCUCUGUCUGGGAAGCUUAUCGAGAUGUUAGUUAUCCAGGGGGAAGAUGUUGUCGAGAAUCAAGUGCUGGCCUUUGUCAAGCAAAUGAAGAUGGAACUGGAAGUGCGCAGCCCUCGAGCUGGAAAGGUACAUUGGGUAUAUGAAAUGGAGAACGAUGAAGAGGAUGUUGCGGAGGGAAUGUUGCUGGUUGAAUUGACGGAGCCACAAGAGCAAGAACAACUACGAGGGAAGCUAUAA